UACUACUGCAGCACUGUACAUGUUUCCUGUUCUAGAAAUAUAAUUUGAUCAAUUUUUACCAAACAGUUUAUUUGCAGUAAUCUGAUUUUGCAGAUAUGUUUGUAUACUUGUUAUUGCUGUCUCUGAUCAGUUUUGUGGAUCUUCAAAAAAGUAAAAUGUACACACUCUGCCAUUCACCAACCAUGGACAUAUAUUACACACUAUGUGGUGAGUACUAAACUACUUUCUCUUUCUUUUAUUGACAGUGAGAACCACCAAGGCACUUUCUAUGUAUUUUAGAAAACCAGAUGUAUUUUUUUUAUAGCCUGAGCAACUUCCCUAGAAUUUACCUGAAAUGUUUUCUUAUUGUAGCAAGUAAAACUGAUACAUAAGUCAGUACAAACACUCUUAUUUGACACAGUUACAGGUGAAUUGUCACUUCUUUGGAGUUUACACCAUUUAUUAAAAUAUUGCAAAUCAACUAUAAGUAGUGUUAACUUUUUUCAUGAGAUGUUGUGUUUUAUUUUAUUUAACAAUUUAGCAAAUUACUUCAUAAUCCAGUUAGGACAAGGCAAAGAAAGGUCAAAUACUGCAAAUGAAGAGGAAACAUAGAAAUAUUGAUUUAUUUCUCCUCUUCUCUCUGUGCCUUCUUCAUAAAGACCAGCGACAACUAGUUGCGAAGGGCAAAGCUUAUAACAAUUAUUGGAAUGUGAGCCAUGAUCUAGGUGCCCAGUUUCAGGAUAAAUAGGUACGAUUUCUACAUUUAAGUUUUAUUUUUCAUAUCUCAUAAAUACAUUUGUUUUUUUCAAUCUUUAUUUUUGUUGUGCAGGUGAUAAUAGGGAAGCUUGUCAUGCCACGACAGCAAUAACUAACACAGCAAAAUUCUACAGUAUGAAACAGUAGCAUGACAUUCAGCAUCAGCAAGUCAACACUUUUUAUAUUAAUAAUGACGGGAUAGCAAUAUAUGUCAGUGGUUAGGGAAGACAGGAUUGUAGACAAAUUCAGUUAUACGAACUGACUAUUUUAGUAUUAAUAAGCUGCACAAUAGUUCUGUAAAUGUCAAGACAAGUUUAGAACAGGAGGUCAAUGCCACCGGAGUUAACCACUAAAUAAAAUAUUAUGUAUUGCCAUGUUCUCAUUUAGCAUUUAUAAACGCUGAUAAUGGGUGAAGUGUGGCACAGGGUAUGGAGUGUAUUUGUAAUGGUGCUCUGUUUGGGCCUUGUGGCCCAAAGAGCCCUGAGCCAUAGGUAUAGAUAUAGAUAUAGAGUAUGAUAUAGAGCCAUAGGUAUAGAUAUAGAGCCAUAGGUAUAGAUAUUUAGCUUUUGCCCAUUAACCAGUGUAGCCUGCCCUGGGGUUGCAGCCUCCAGUUCCCUGCAGAUCCACCCCACCAGUCCCAGGCUCUUUCACAGUCCAGCACUCGUUUCUUACGGGUCCUGUCGCCUCCAUUGGUAUGGACGGGAACUCCUCUCAGCUGGUGGAUGUCUCUCUGUCAUGGGCAUGAAGGGGUGCUGCCCAGAGACAGCACUAUCCCUUUAAAUGUAGGAAUCAAUUUAGCAAAGAAUAAAUGCAAAAGACACAAUGAAUAGUGCAAAUAAAGAAAUAUAUAUUAAAGAGAAUCAAAGUACUAAAAGAUAACAAAACGACAUAUAAUACAUAUAUACAAAGUCACAGAACAAAUGUAUAUAACAAUAAAGGACAAGCAUGAAUAGUGCUGGCAGUGAAUACUUAAAUAGUCCUUUGAUAUAAAGGCAGGACUCUGCAGGCACCACUAGUAAUAGGUAGGGCACAGAUCCAACGUUCACAAGGCAGAUAUACCAGAAAGCAAGACCAGAGGCAAAAUAAAUGAACCAGGCUGCAGGGUCAGGAUCACUGGCAAUAAGGCAGCUAACACGGUACCAGAACACAGGAGCAGGAGGACACAGGAACGAAGACCAAGAGGGCACAGGAAUGAAGACCAGGAGGACACAGGAACGAAGGACCAGGAAAUGCAGGAUACAGGACUAAGGAACAGCAUGCAGGAUCAAGGAGUCAGGAGUCAGAAUCACAGGGAACCAGGAACCAGGGAAACAGGAGACAAGGAUCUGACAAGGAGUGAGGGGAGAAACCAAACUAUAUAGGUGCUAAACAAGGACCAGGUGAAGUGCUAAUGAAAAGAAAUUACAAACAGUGCCAAACAGAGAUAGUGGUGUGAAUGGAUACUGCACAAGGGAAUAUCAACUAAGGAGUGUGUCGUGACAGUACCCCCCCUUUAAGGAGUGACUCCUGGCGCUCUAAACCCCUAAGUCCCCCCACAGGUGACAGAAGAAAACCCAGGUCACCCAACCUAAUGGGGAAAACAAGGAGGAGCCUUAGGAGGAAUGACAGGUGGAAAGUCCCAAGGGAAAACCAACGAGGCAGAGUAGGAGCAUAGAAAAGCAAGGACCGUAGAGCAGCAUAGAACACUAGGAGGGCAGACACAUAAACAGAAAUCAAGGACACAUACGAUAAGGAACUCUCAUUACCAGUGAUUGACAAACGUGCCAUCCAACUAGACCUGGGGCUAUUGCUGAAAACAGGAGCAUUACUCAGAAGCCCUGGGUCUGACUUCGUUUCUGGCCUGUAUGAUCCUCGGAAUAAAGACAGCGAUGUAACUUCUUCCUCUCCAAUAUGCAGGAAAGUAUUAAGGGAAGGUUCCCUUGAUUUCUCGUAACAUGAGGUUUCUUGAAGUAGGGAUGAUUCUUGCUCAGGUGGAUGCAGAUCCUCUUUAGCGGAUAGAGAUACCUGGUCACCCAAAUCAUUCUAUUUGUUGUUUGCGUGCUCAGCUUGAGGUAGUUCUUUAAGUGAUAUAGAAAAACUCUCAACUGAAGACACUUCUUCCUUAAAUACUUGCUGAAGUCUAGUUGGUUCUUCAAGUGAGGAACCUUCAUUACUAACCGGACUUUGUACUUCCUUAACGGAUGAAGAUACAGGGUUAGUUACUUCCUCAGCACGUUCUGAUAUGUAAUCUUUUCUUCCAAAAGGGACCUCCGAUAACAUUCUCAUAAUCUGAUCAAAUAAUUUUGUAGAGUCCAAUUCAGUAUUAGUCACGUCAUUCAAAGAUUGCUUAGUAGAAAAAUAUUCCACAUUAAGGCUCAGAGUGUCUGAUCCGUGUAAACACUCAGACCUAAAGACUCUAGAAUGGGAGGUAGCAUCAGUAUCAUUUACCUCAUCUGUGGUCUUGAGCAUGUGGUCAUCAUUAACUGUAGAAAGUUCCAUUUGUGGAGUUGCAUAAUAUGGGUUCUCUUUCUCUUUCUUGUCCUUCCUGCACUUCAGCCUUUGUGAGGCACAAGUCGUCUUCCUGAGGCAAAGGUGAAGUGACAGACAUCAUGGCAACUGAUGAGCCAUAGAAGGAGCUUCCUUCAGCAAGGGAACAGGUACCAGAUAUGUGAAUGCUACCUUCUUGUUUGGUUUCACUCAAUUAAUUUGGAGUUUGGUUAAGCGGCUGAUUGGAAGAAUCUUGGAUGCUUUGUUCAGGUACAAGUGUGGUAGUUUGUGUUUCCUCGCAGCAGAGAUUGUUCUACCAGAGCAUGUAAUUUGAAGAACAGUAUUAGACUUACAUAGAACUAUAGAGUCUUCGUCAGACUGUGGGUUCUGAACAAGCCCGGUCAUUUAGAUCCUUUUCUUGGGCUUGAUCCAUCACGAGUUUGUCACGUUGCACCAAGUCUGACUCUUUGUAUUCCACUUGAGGAUGACAGUCUUCUUUACUUGGUGACAACUCAUUUUUCACAGUUGCGGUUGUAAGAGGGGUGCCAAUCUUUGAACCCCCAAAGGCAGAAGGGUUAAAAUUGGAAUCAAACCUCUCCACAUCAAAGUCGUGAGCUGCCUUUGGCACAAUAACCUCCUCUUCCAUUGGUUGCUCUGAAGCCUUCACCUUAGGUUUUUCAGCAUUUUCAGACAGUGUUUUGGAAGAACUAACAAUUGGCCAAAGGCCCUCUCAAUGUGUUCCACAUUGUAGGCCCCGAGCUCAGAGGUCUGUACAGUGACCAUCUUUACUGUAAUCAGUUCUUUAGGCUGGGACACCCAGAGCAGCUCUCCAUCUCUCAUUAAGUUGUGUGGUGCUCACAGUGCAGACCAGGAUGGUCCAAAGAGGUGUGACGGCUGUGAUUUGUCUGCUUUGAGAUACACAGCCAGCGUCCGGAGAUCGGUCACCGCAGACCCGUUGUUUUGCAGGAUACGAUAGGAUAAAUCCGGCCCACCUCAGAAUAGAUUGCUGAGGCCGAGGGAUAGAUAAGGCAAAAAGCGGUGUUUAUUAGAGAGCGGAAAUUAGGCUUUAACAGUGCACAGAUGAGGAGAUCUCCAAAAAUGCGACCAUCUGUCAUGAAGGAUAGGCUCUGCCCCCUCGCAAAUACAUUUUUGUUAACCUGGAUAGGUCCCCUUAAAUGCCCCUAAAGUGGGUGGCCAGGCUGACUAGCAACUAAUGGUUCUAGUGUCCUGUCCUCUCCUUCGUCAUGAAAUCUGCCCCACAAAUUUACGUUGCUGUCCCAGCAAAGUCUGCUGGCAUCUAUGGGCUGCUUACUUAUUAGGCUGGAAGGGUUUGCAAAUAUUGGGCUUGGAAAGUAGAUCAACUACCAUGAAGGUUACUAAGAUUAGACCAACAUUUGGUCUGGUCACACCCACUAACUCACAUCAACACAAAAAUAGAUUGCAUGUUAAAAAAGGAUACAACGCAUGGUGCAUACUGUGUAUAUUACACAUUAAAAUGCAAUAUAGAAAAACAGCCAGAGAGAGUAGGGUUGCCCGGCCUUUACCUUUAUUUAAGCUAGGUCCCUCAAUCACUAACAAUAUAUGAAAGGGUUGUACACCACAAUGCGUUCUUGAAACAAUACUUCACCUUUCAUUUUUCUUUUAGAUGAAAGGAGAUCACCCACUGUUUAUCUUCAGCCUUGUCCCAUAAGCAUUAAAGACAAAUUCAAUAUUUCCUUAACUUGGAUUCCAAGUAAGUGUUUCCUGCAUUUUACUUGCUUUUUGUAAAUUAUUAUAGUAAUCUAGUGUUCACUAAGUCACAAUUUAGUGACAGGUUCUGAUGUUCUGAUGUUGCAGCUAUUGUUCUAGUAGACUGCAUAGAAACAUAGAAACAUAGAAUGUGACGGCAGAUAAGAACCAUUCGGCCCAUCUAGUCUGCCCAAUUUUCUAAAUACUUUCAUUAGUCCCUGGCCGUAUCUUAUAGCUAGGAUAGCCUUAUGCCUAUCCCACGCAUGCUUAAACUCCUUCACUGUGUUAACCUCUACCACUUCAGCUGGAAGGCUAUUCCAUGCAUCCACUACCCUCUCAGUAAAGUAAUACUUCCUGAUAUUAUUUGUAAACCUUUGCCCCUCUAAUUUUACUGACAAGAAAUUGUAGCCUUGGACGCCAGAGAUUGCUGCCUGUUGCGAGUACACAGUACAUUCUAUCACUAUCGCCCAAUUAACAUACAAUUUUAUAUUACUGCUAAUAUAAGCACUAACUAUUUUUGUUAGUCACAGAUUGCAUGUUUAAUUUUCUCUUUUCUUUAUACUAAACAGUUAGCAAACCUAAUUUCAGUCUAUGUCCUCUUGUUGUGGUAGUUUUUCUUCUUUUAAGUAUAGUCUCCUCCUUUACUGUGUUAAUUCCCUUUAUGUAGUUAAAUGUUUCUAUCAUAUCCCCCCGUCUCAUCUUUCCUCCAAGCUAUACAUGUUAAUAUUCUUUAACCUUUCCUUGUAAGUUUUAUCCUGCAAUCCAUGAACCAGUUUAGUAGCCCUUCUCUGAACCCUCUCUAAGGGAUCAAUAUCCUUCUGAAGAUACGGUCUCCAGCACUGCGUACAAUACUCCAAGUGAGGUCUCACCUGUGUUCUGUACAAUGGCAUGAGCACUUGUCUCUUUCUACUGAUUCAUGAUUCAUCCUUUGACUUUUGAGUAGUUUGACCAAAACCAGGUAUCAUUGAGGCACCCAUGAUCCCAGCCCCUGCUUCAUCAUUGCUAAUGUGAAAGUUAUAUCAAAUUUUAUAAUUUUUUAAAUCCAUUUUUGGAUGGGAUUAAUUAGCUAAGCAGGUUUGCUAACUGUUUAGUAUAAAGAAAAGAAAUUAAUUAACAUGCAUUCUGUGACAAACAAAAAUAGUUAGUGCUUAUAUUAGCAGUAAUAUAAAAUUGUAUAUUAAUUGGGGGAUAGUUAUAGUAUGUACUGUGUAUUCGCCACAGGCAGCAAUCUCUGGCGACCAAGGCUACAAUUUCUUGUCAGUAAAAUAAUUUUAAAAAUGAACUGGUCCAAAUCAUUGUUGUAUGGGGAUAGUACAGCUUUAUGCCUGCAACAUUUGAUAUUUAGUAAAAGCUCUACACUUGUGAGUGUAACUCCCAUUACUUAGCACUAUAGUCACUUUAUGUUACGUAUACUGCACUAUUGGAUAUUAUUCUUGUCUUUACUUUUAUUUCAUUGUAACCUAUGGGAGAGAACAUGCCUUCACCCAUACCCAUUAGUGGGGAUUGCACACUACGAUGUCACUAUCAGAGCUUGUAUGAUAACUCUAUUACAUGUGAGUGAACACUUAUGCAUUUUAUGUUGUUUGUUAUCCACUCAGUGUAUUAAAUACUACGUCGUCAGUAUCCACUUCAGUUUUUUUUAAAUUUUUGCAAUUGCACAUUAUGAGGAUAGAUUCAACCGCAUAAGAUUUGAGGUCAUCAGAAGAACACUGGGGGUAUUGAUACAUUUUUUAAAUUUAUAUUUUAAUUCCAGUCUGCCUGUUGUUUUCAUAUAUUAAUGAUUUGUCUAUUACGCUUAGUUACUUAUUUAGGCACGACCUGUUUUCCUGUUUCUUUUCAUGCUGUUUCAUUUUGUUGGGACGUAGAGGGAUCCUUUUUCUCAUUUUAUGCUCAAUUUGGUAUAUCGACUUUACUACUUUUCAGUACUUAUCCAUAGCCUGUAUAUCAAGUAUUAAACUAUGUAGUAAUAUUUUGGGGGGAAGAUCGGCAAACUGGCAAUCAAACACUAGUUUGUGGUGAAUUUAGUUGCACAAAAAUAUCCAACCUAACUUUUCUGACAUCCAAAAUUAUUUAAUUCAAUUCAAACUAGCCAAUACAUUUUAAUUUUAAGCAAGAUUAGCUAGAUAGUUGAGCUGAAGAAUUGUUCUUACUUAGCUAUUUUAACCUAUAAUAAAUGUAUUGUGUAUUGUGUGUAGAUCCCCAUUGUAAAUCAAAGGCAGAAUAAGUUAGCACCAUACAAUUCUUUAUAAUACUAAUAAUGCCCACUGCCCAAAGUCCUGGAGGGAACCCGUCUUACACAUGAAAAGGGCUGUACAAUUGUAUUAACCCUAGGUUUAACUGUCUAGUGGUUAAAAAAAUAAUAUAGAUCACAUCAAGGUGUUAUGUGUUCAUACAUGUACAUUUUAAAUUACAGCAAUGGAUUUACACAGAUUUUCAGUUGAUGUUAAUAUCUGGCAUCAAUCAAUGAAAGUUUCCGAGACAACAACGGUCUUUUGCUCAGGAGAUUAUGAUGAGUAUGAUUUUUGUGGACAAUUAAAAGGAGGUAGGUAGACUGUACACAUAACCAUGUGUUAUUUUUAGUCUGUCGUUUGGGCUAUUUAUCCAAUAACAAACCUUAGCAUAAAAAGAGUUAUUCUAUAAUAUAAAGUACGUUCAAAACUAUAUAACAAGUGAAUCCACUUUUUAUUUUAGGAAUGCAAAUUGAAAAUACAAUGCCAUCAGAAUUCAAAACCUUAGGACCGUACCUCUCAACAUUGGGAGUUUUGGGAGGUGGGUUGGGUGGAUGGUCCUUCAUUGGGGUGUUGCCAGUGAUGAAAGUUGCACCCUGGUAGGACCCACUGAAAGAAGCUUGAGCCUCCAUGAUCAGGAUGACCAGACGGUUUUACCGGGAUAGUUCAGUUUUUGACGAUGUGUCCCAGCAUCGCAAACCUCUUUUUAGGAUGCAUAAAUAUCCCAGUUUUUGGUCGAUAGGCAGCAUAGGACCCGUUUGAUCGUUGGAGGGGAGCACACUGCACAGUGCUCCCCUCCUGCUGGUCUCAGCAUUUAGAGUGCUUGAGUCAUUGACUGCGGUAGAGGAGCUUCUGUAACCUCUAUCCAUUCUCAUAUGAAGGGCUCACAGAGAGCACUGAAUUGCUUCAUGUCAGACCGGGGAGAGACUACAGAAGCUCUUCUACCACGUUCUGUGUGGUUCAAGAGGGAGAUGAGCGUGCAUCAGUGGGGGAGAGACCUUAAAGCUGAGUUGGGGGGGGCAAAAUAAAUGAGGGGCUGGGGACAAAAGAGACAGACAGGGGCUUGGAGGGCAAAAGAGACAGACAGAGGCUUGGGGGGACACAAAGAGACACAGAGGGGAUGGGAAGUUGAGAAAGAGAUACAUAGAGGCUGGGAAGGGGAGAAUGAUACACACAAAAGGGGCUGGUAUUAUAAAUAGACAUACAGAGUGGCUGGUGGGACAAAGACACAGAGAGUCUGGGGAAGGGGCAAAAAAGAUGGACAGUGUCUAUGGAAGAGGCAUAAGACAGGGGCUGGGGGGAUACAAUGAGAAACAGAGGGGCUGGGAGGAGAAAGAGACAAUGUCCUGGAGACACAGAGGGGCUGGAAAGGGGAGAAAGAGACACACAAAAGUUGCAGGGGGCAAAAACAUAGUGGGGCUGGGGAGACACUGAACUUUCUUUAUAGAGAUGCAUUGAUUCAAUACAUCUCUAUGAGGAGAUACUGGUCAGGGCAAUGUUUGGCUCCCCCUCUGGCCCACCUCCUUGACUGAGAUAAUCAGAAUUGGGAUGAAAUACAUCUAGUAGGAUGCACAAUAACACAUUAUUGUUUACUUACUUUUUGCAAGCAAUCAUGAAUGGUAAGUACUAUUUGCCCACUGCCAGCAAAAAAACAACAACCCCUUAAUGGUGUGAGGGUUAAGUUCUGUGGUGGCGGGCCAGCUAUUGCUAGUAGGUCACCAUUCUGAAAGAUAAACUACUAAAGUGAGCAGCCAGCUUUUGCUGUUCAGUCUCUAAAAAAGUGUUAAACUACCACUGCCCCCACCCCCCAAAACUAACCAGUUAGAGCUUUCACAUUUCAAAAUGUGGGAAGGCCUUUAUAAAGUGGUUAAUAACCAGGCUAAUUUAUAAAAGUGUCAAUUUCUAUUGAUAUUUUAAGUUUUUAUAAAAAAAGGAGGACACACUCUUCACACACAUAAAGCUUUUCAGCAAGCUAAAGUGCUUUAGGGGUCUGGAGUGUCCCUUGAAGUAAACAGAGUAUUAAAAUUUGUGAGAAGUUACAUGUCCCCCAUACAGAUUGUACGUGCUCUCGUAGACAUUCCAGAAAUCGACAAGAACUCUAUUGUUAAUGGUUAAUCCUUUGUAACCCAGUGAAGCACAUCCUAUGAAAAUAAGAUUCCCCCUGGACCCUAGCCUGCCCCCCUCCCCUACUCCUUGGCAUGCAAUCACAACAUCCACCCCAACAUCCACACAUCCCAACAUCUGCACCAGAAAGAGCUCUGGUGCAAGAAUUUUAUUGGGCCUCCCUAUUACAGGGUUGGACAAAAGGUACAACUCUAUCUGUCGUGCAAAUCCAACAAUGCUUUGACAGCUGUUUUCCAAUUUCCUAUGUUUGCAGGGUUGUUUUUAGCACUGAGCUGUGUAUAGUGCCCUGAGGGUGCCCCCACCCUCAGGGUCCCCCUUCUGCCGGGCUGUGGGGGGAGGAAUGGGUUAAACUUACCUCUUUCUCCAGCGCCGGGCGGGGAGCUCUCCUCCUUCUCUCCGCUUCCUCUCCUCCUCUUCGGCUGAAUGCGCAUGCGUGGCAGGAGCUGCGCGCGCAUUCGGCCAGUCACAUAGGAAAGCAUUCAUAAUGCUUUCCUAUGGACGCUGGCGUCUUCUCACUGUGAAAAUCACAGUGAGAAGCGCGGAAGCCCUCUAGUAGCUGUCAAUGAGACAGCCACUAGAGGCUGGAUUAACCCAUAGGUAAACAUAGCAGUUUCUCUGAAACUGCUAUGUUUAUAGAAAAAAGGGUUAAACCUAGCUGGACCAGGCACCCAGACCACCCCACUAAGCUGAAGUGGUCUGGGUGCCUAUAGUGGUCCUUUAAGAAUUGCAGGUGUUAUAAAGAAUGCUAUUUUUUUCAAGUCCAGGAUGUUUAUAAAAAGAUAGCGAAAAGCUGGUGUCAGGUGCAAGAACACAAGAACAGAAAAAUAUUGUAUGUUUAAAAAAAUGUGAGUUUAACUCUUUCAAAGCAUGAGUAUCUUGUAUUAUAAUCAGGCCUACUGACCAUUUGGCCUUUCAAGCUAUGUAUAUAGUAAUACUUUAGCUCCAUAAUAAGAAAUACAGAAGUAUAAAACAGGACAUGAGACUGAUGCCCUGUAACAUAAUAUAUAUAGCUCUGUAUGUCUAGGGGAAUAUUCACUAUACACAUACUGACACACACACACACGCACAUAUACAGACAUAAUGACACACACACACAGACACAUACACUGAUAGAUAUAUUGUCACACACACAGGCACAUACACUGACAGACAUGCUGACACACAGAGAUACAUACACUGACAGACAAAGCCACACAGACACAUACACUGAUAGACGUACUGACACACACUGACAGACAUACUGACACACAAGCACAGGGACAUAUACAGACAUACUGACACACACACAGAUACAUACACAGAUAGACAUACUUGACAGACAUUCUGACACAGACACAUACACUGAUAGACAUGCUAACAGACAUACUGACACACACACACACACACACACACACAGGCACAUAUACAGAAAUACUGGCACACAUAGAUACUUGCACUGAUAGACAUGCUGACACACACACUGACAGACAUACUGACACACACACAGGCACAUACAACAACAGACAUACUGACACACACACAUACAUCCACUUACACUGACAGAAAUACUGACACACACACAGGCACAUACACUGAAAGACAUACUGACACACAAACAGACAUACUGACACAGAUGCAUACACUGACAGACAUACUGAUAUACACACAUACAUACUGACACACACACAGAAAUACACAUAGACAGACAUACUGACACACGUAAAACUUACAUCUUGAAACCCACCCUCCAGUUUUUUACCUUUUGCUUAUCUUUACUCCAGUGUGUUCCAGUGGGGCCCACGUGGCAGCUGCCUUGGGCCCCUCAUAAGUAAAUGGGCCUGGGGCAGCUGCCCUGUUUGCCCCACGUUAAAGACGUCCCUGACACCAUGACAGUAUAAUUUAGAGUGCACAAUGAGCGAACAGCUAAAAAUUUAAAAGUCAUGGGGCACUCAUUCUAGUUCCCACUGCCACACAACACACAAUACAAUAACGGAAAUAAACAACACUGAAUAGAAAUCUACUUUUGUAUAAAGAAAGACUCCCUUAGUUGUAGGUAAAUACGUAUAGCAUACUAAUUUGCAAAAGUAUACAAGUGGAUCCAUAAUGUUUGACAUUUAACUUUUACAGCUAUAUUAGAUUUGCAGCUCUGUUGAAGGAUUAUUAUUAAUGGGUUGAUGAAGUGCACUUGGUUCGUUGUCAAGGGAUGACUGUACAGUUUGUUUUUUUUAACUAUAAGGAGAAAACAAACUAAAGAGUUCAUUAGGGACAUACAUAUUAUCACUUUCUGUUAGAUGUUAUUACACUAAUUUAACAACCAUAAUAGAAAUGUAAAAUAGAAGAUAAAAAUAAAUUAAAUGAUCCCCAAAAAUUCUAUUGAGUCUUAGUUCAGUGAGCCCAGAGGUGGCAGAAAAUGUUUUGUGUGGUAGAAAAGUUUUUCCAUAAAGUCUAGUUUAUUGAAACAUUAUCAAAAUAUCCUAUUGAGGUUAAUUUUAAUAGUCUGAGAGAAUCUGCAUUGGUGUUUGAAAGGAGAAUGUUUUAUGAUGUUGCCAAUAUGGAAGUUGUGUUUAGAGAUGAACAGUAGCUUUUCAUAUUUAUAUAUAAAAAGAUAGUUUAUCAGCCUUACAAGUUAAAAAAAACAAAACCUGUUCUUAUUAAAUUUGAAAAUUACUACAUGUCCCACAAAGCUCAGCAAAAUGUUAUACUUGACAAUCUCCACUUGUACGUGGAUAAUCAAUACAUUGUAUACAAUAACUGAAUGUGAUACAUGCAUGUACCAUGAACAAUACCCUCCCUACUUUCUUUCUGUACCCCCAACCCGACAAUGUACUCUAUCUAAAAUUCAAAAUAAAGAAUUUAUAAAAAUGUUAUACUUGAGAUAGAAUUUUGCUUACUUUCUGGCUUCCCUGUAAAUCUAGAGAGCUUGAGGUCAGUCAGGUAAUAUUUUGAUUGUCUCUAAUUAUUCUUAAAGCAUCCCAGCAUAAUGAGUGUAGUGUAAACAUAAUUUUAUGCAGGUGAUUUUUUGAUAGCUCUACUGUGAUUUUAUAUGAUGUUUAAAGUCUAUUGUCAUCUUGUCAUCUGUUUAUUUCCACCUAUUAAAUUGUUUCUUUAGCCCUGUUAUUUGUAAAACCAGAUGUAAAGGAUUUUAUUAUUUCUGUUUUUGUUGUUUGAUUGUGAAUUAAUAUUAACAUAUUUUGUUUAUGAUUUCGUAUAAAGCUGGCUUAAAAGAAUUAAAGAUCAGGAUACUGUGAAUUAUAUGAAUUGGUGAUCAAGUUAUAACUUCCGCUGAUGAUUGAUGUUUGUCUUUUGCCCAAAACGCUUUUUCUAAUUCUUUAUGUUAAUCUAUGAUUGAUGUUUAUUUGAUAUAAGUAUGGAAAUGAUCUGAUUCAACAUUUCAAAUAGUGUAUUCCUGUUGAGAAAAUAGUCUCUGUAUAUUUGAAAUCUGUGUCUGCAGGUCAGAUUGAAAAUAUGCAAUAUAUUUGACACUAUAGUCAACAAAACAACUUAAUGAAGCCACGUUACUUUGUUUAUGCAGCCCUAUGCACAACUUACUGUCACGUAUUCAUCUGCUUAUAAAAAUGUGGUUUAUGACAUUUACUGUCCACACAGGAAAAGUUGUGCCGAGCAGCAACCUAAUCCACAGAAGGGUUAAUGCUGAGCAGCAAUUAUGCAAACGGGAACCUGGUAACUGCCUUUGGGGUCAAAGGCCGGUUACAGCCUAUCAGAUCUAGAGGAGGGGUAUUUAGGCCCAGUUCUCAUCCUGCUCAGUGCCCUGUCGUGGUUUCCCUUGUUGUUGUCCGAGAGCGCGUUAUUUAUUCUUGUUAUUCUGGUUAUUUGACUCUGGCAUUGUUUUUGACUUCCCUGUUUUCUGGCAUCCCUGAAAACUGGCUUUUCCUUAUCGUUGUGUCUCUUUCUGUAUUCCUUGACCUCGGCUAUUCCUGACUAUUCUUUGGUACGUUAGUCCGGCUAUUCCAAGGUCCGGUAUACGUUACCUAUCAGUCCUCUGUGUUACACAAUUCUACGUGCUGGAUCAUACUGUAAUCCUGACAUUACGACAGGGCCAUAGAUCCUGUAGAAUUGUGUAAGCACAUAGCUGCUUGCGAAAGGAAGCUGGAGGAAAAUGAUCAUCGCAUGGAUCAAUUUGUCCAGGCCUUCAGUACGCUUCUUACUCGAACAGCGCAUCUGCAACCUGUGGCCUCACCUCCACCUUAUGUACCUCCACCUAUAGUACACAAGGCACCUUCUAUCUCCCUAUCUCCUCCCCUGCAUUUUGAUGGUAAUAUUCAAGAAUGCAGGGGAUUCCUUAACCAAAUGGAGUAUCAUUUUGAGGCCUCACCAGGAUCUUUUCCCACAGACAGAGCUAAAAUUGGUUACCUGAUGAAUCAGUUAAAAGGUAAAGCUUUAGCUUGGGCCAGUCCAUUAUGGGAGAGUAAUAGGAGUGUGGCACACAAUUACCAGGAGUUUCUUACGGAAUUUAAACUUACAUUUGAACCUUUAGGCAGGGAGGACGACGCCUCCACUGCUCUGAUGCACAUCAGACAAGGGAACCGGUCUAUCUUGGAUUAUGCCAUAGAAUUUCGUACCCUGGUCUCUGAGGUAGACUGGGCUAAUCUCUGCUUUUAAAAAGGGACUAUCUGACACUAUGCUAGAUGAGAUUGCUGCUAAAGAUCUACUUAACGAGUUCAUCACAUUUGUUAUGCAAAUUGAUAAUAGAUUAAGAAUCAGAGAGAAUACUAGAAAUAAGACCAGGCGUAUGACUAUGCCUUUAACACCCCGUCUCAUCGAACCUGUUGUUCCUGACCUUCCUAUACAGUCCGAACCUGAACCCAUGCAGUUGGGGGUCACUAGACUGUCAGAGGUCGAGAAACAAUAUAGGAGAAAUAAAGGUUUAGUAAUGGACAUAUGAGAGACAUUUGUCCGAAGAAACUACCGCACCUAAGUGCCUUAAGGAGACAGGUCUUAGGUUUAAUGGAGACGUCCUCUGAAAAGAAUAAAUAUAGACUUCUCAUUGAUAUUUCGAUUAUUCUUGACAAAAAGCACUUUUCAUGCAAAGCCCUGAUGGACUCUGGGGCUGCUGGAAAUUUCACUUUAUCCAAUUUGUCAAGGAUAAUACUAUACCUAUCAAGGAGAGAGUAUCACCCCUAGCCGUUGAAGCUAUUGAUGGGAGACCACUCUCACAACCAUUAAUAAAGCAUGAAACCUUACCCAUAAAUAUUUCCAUUGGUGCCUUACAUAAGGAAGAGAUUAUAUUUCAGGUGAUUGCAUCUCCUUCUUGUCCUAUCAUAUUAGGAUUACCAUGGCUUAGCAAGCAUAACCCUCAUAUUGACUGGGCUAAUGGGGAAAUAUUAGAAUGGGGUAAGGAGUGUAAUGAAAGGUGUAUAUUGCAUGUCACCAAAAGAGUGGGCACUAUCGAAUUACCCACUAGUACACCUCAAAAUCCUGAGAUUCCUAUACAAUACCGUGACAUUAAAGAAGUAUUCAGCAAGACUCAGUCUAAUACUCUAUCUCCUCAUAGACCAUAUGACUGUUCCAUUAACUUACUACCCAGCGCUAUGCCACCUAAUGGAGCAGUCUAAGCUCUAUCUUCUCAGGAGAGUAGUGUAAUGGAGGAAUAUAUUAAGGAUUCAAUGAAUAAAGGCCAUAUACGAAAAUCAUCCUCGCCUGCUGGUGCAGGAUUCUUUUUUGUAUCUAAAAAGGAUGGUGAGUUGCGCCCAUGUAUCGAUUACAAGGCAUUGAACAAAAUCACCAUUAAAAACGCCUACCCCAUUCCUCUUAUUGCUGAAUUAUUUGACAGACUCCAGGGUGUUAAAGUGUUUACUAAGCUUGACCUUAGAAGUGCUUGCAAUUUAGUGAGAAUCAAGGAAAACCGCGAGUGGAAGACUGCAUUUAAUACCAGAAGUGGACAUUAUCAAUAUCUAGUGAUGCCAUUCGGGUUUUGCAAUACUCCAGCGGUUUUCCAAGAUUUCAUUAACAAUGUACUCAGGGAUUAUAUUUACUCGUUUGUCUUGGUCUAUCUGGAUGAUAUCCUUAUUUAUUCUCCUGACCUCCAGUCUCACUACGAUCAUGUUAAACAAGUUCUGCAAACCUUGUUAAAAUACCAACUUUAUUGUAAAUUGGAAAAAUUUAUCUUUGACCAGUCUGAAGUACAGUUUUUAGAAUAUGAUAUUUCUGCCUCAGGGUUUCAGAUGGAUCCUAAAAAAAUAGAGUCUGUUCUACAGUGGCCUUUACCAACUGGUUUGAAAGCCAUUCAAAGGUUCAUUGGUUUUGCCAAUUAUUACAGAAGAUUUAUAAAGGGAUUUUCCUCAGUAAUAGCCCCCAUCACCAAUAUGACAUGCAAGGGGGCUAGUAGUAUGAUAUGGUCUAAGGAGGCUAUUGAAGCCUUUGAAACUGUCAAACAGCAGUUUGCCUCCGCCGACAUAUUGAUACAUCCUGACACCAGUAAGCCUUUCAUACUGGAGGUUGAUGCUUCAGAGACAGGGGUAGGGGCAGUUCUCGCCCAGAGGGAGAGCCAGGAAACUCUGUUAUAUCCUUGUGGUUACUUUUCUAGAAAGUUGUCUCCUGCUGAGCGCAAUUACGAUAUUGGCAAUAGAGAAUUGUUGGCCAUUAUUCUAGCUCUCAAGGAGUGGCGACACCUUUAAAAGGUUCCAAGGACCCCCUUUUGAUCAUUACUGAUCACAAAAACCUGGCUUACAUAGGAGAUGCUAAAUGAUUAUCUUCCAGACAAGCUAGGUGGUCUCUAUUUCUUUCUCGCUUUAAUUUUCUUAUAACUUACAGACCUGGUUCUAAAAAUGUCAAGGCCGACGCCUUGUCCAAUCAGUUUGAUACUGAGGCUAUACUAGAGCAAGAAACAUUCCAUAUCAUUCCCACGGAAUGUAUCAUUGCAUACACUGUCCUUUCAUUGUCCUCUCCACUGCUUGGCUCCAUCAUGGAGGCUCAGUCUCAGGCCCCCUGCGGUAAACCUCAGGACAAACUGUUCAUUCCAUUGGGGGAGAGGGUUAAUAUCAUGAAGGUGUUUCACGACAAUGUGUCUGCUGGUCACCCAGGUAUUAAUAAAUCCACUUCUGCUAGUCAUGAGGUCAUUCUGGUGGGAUUCCCUCAGGAGGGAUGUUAAGAAAUAUGUGCAGGCUUGUUCUGUUUGUGCGGUUUCCAAAGUGCCUCAUAAACUCUCUUGUGGCUUGUUACAACCUGUUCCUAUUCCUGAGGUCCCAUGGUCCCACUUGUCCAUGGACUUCAUUGUUGAACUUCCUAGUUCUAACAGUUAUACCACCAUUCUCAUGGUUGUGGACCGUUUUUCUAAAAUGGCUAAUUUUAUUUCUCUUAAGAAAUUGCAGUCAUCUCAAGACCUGGUACUAAUCUUUAUAUGAGAAAUUGUCCGUCUGCAUGGCAUUCCUCACAAUAUAGUAUCUGACAGAGGUUCUCAGUGUGUGUCCCGGUUUUGGAGGGCCUUCAAUAAACAAUUAGGGAUUGAAUUGUCUUUUUCGUCCUCUUACCAUCCCCAGACCAAUGGUACAGCUGAGAGGGCUAACCAGUCCUUGGAAUUGUAUUUGCGUUGUUUCGUUAAUAGCACUCAAGACAAUUGGUCCGAAUUACUACCAUGGGCCGAGUUUGCUAGGAACAAUGCUGACCAUGACUCCUCUGGGCAUAGUCCAUUUUUUGUUAAUAAUGGCCGGCAUCCUACUGUCUUACCGGCUAUUUUUUCUGAUACGGCUAUUCCUGCUUUGGAUGACCGUCUGGCUUCCAAAGUUCAAUCUGCUCUGGGAACUGCUGCUAACCGUUUCAAGCAUCAUGCUGAUACACGUCGAGGUGCCAACCCUGUUUACCAAGUGGGUGAGAGGGUUUGGUUAUCUUCUCGUAACAUCAGGCUCAAAGUCCCUAGCAUGAAAUUUGCUCCUAGGUUCCUUGGACCUUUUCGUGUCCUUCGUAGGAUCAAUCCUGUUGCGUACUUUCUGGCCCUUCCGGCCUCCUUGAAAAUUCCUAGUACCUUUCAUGUGUCCUUACUCAAACCUAUUGUGUGCAAUAAAUAUACUGUCUCAAGUGUCCCUCCUCCUCCCUUAGUUGUUUCUGGACAGGAAGGGUAUGAGGUCUCCUCCAUAAUCGAUUCCAGGUUUUCUCGGGGCACUUUACAGUACUUGGUGGAUUGGAAAGGUUAUGGACCAGCCGAUCGUUCUUGGGUUCCGGCAUCUGAUAUACAUGCUGGCCGCAUAAUUCGCUAUUUUCACAUCAAACUUCCUCUCAAGCAUGGUCCUGCCCGCCCGGUGGGCGUUCUUCAGGUGGGGAGUAAUGUCACGUAUUCAUCCGCUUAUAAAAAUGUGGUUAAUGGCAUUUACUGUCCACACAGGAAAAGUUGGGCCGAACAGCAACCUAAUCCACAGAAGGGUUAAUGCUGAGCAGCAAUUAUGCAAAUGGAAACCUGGUAACUGACUUUGGGGUCAAAGGCCGGUUACAGCCUAUCAGAUCUAGAGGAGGGGUAUUUAGGCCCAGUUCUCAUCCUACUCAGUGCCCUGUCGUGGUUUCCCUUGUGGUUGUCCGAGAGACCGUUAUUUGACUUUGGCAUUGUUUUUGACUUCCCUGAUUUCUGGUAUCCCUGACUCCUAGCUUUUCCUUAUCGUUGUGUCUCUUUCUGUAUCCCUUGACCUCGGCUAUUCCUGACUAUUCUUUGGUACGUUAGUCCAGCCAUUCUAAGGUCCGGUAUACAUUACCUAUCAGUCCUCUGUGUUACACAAUUCUACGUGCUGGAUCAUACUGUAAUCCUGACACUUACACAGCCUUCCUAAAUACUUCAUGUAAAGAGCCAUCUAAUGUUUACACUUCCUUUACUUCAAAUUCUGUUAAAUUUAAAAUUUCUUAUUUCAUCCUCUGUUGAUAGUUUGCUAGACACUGCAUUAGCCUCCUGUAUGUAAUUAAAGUUCAAAUAAGAGAGCAGGAGAUAAAAACCCAAGUUACAUCUAAUUGAAAAUGAAACCAUUUUGUUUUCAUGCAGGGAUAUUGGUCACAGCCAGGAGAGGUGUGGCUAGGGAUGCAUAAACAGAAACUAAAGUGAUUUAACUCCUAAAUGACAGUGAAUUAACCCCUUAAAACUGGAGAGCAUACUAUAACGCCCUAUUCUAAGUGGCUCUAAACGCCGCAGGGCGUAAUAGUACGCCCUCUGGUUUUCUUACUUACCCGGUCGCCUGCGAUUCCACGCCGGCGAUCGCGGUUGGGGAGACUCACCUGGGAUCCCAGGGAGUCCCCCGCGGCGGAUCCUGCCUCCUCCGGCCCCCCCGGCCAUGUGAGAGCGAGGUCCUUGCGAAGACCUCACAAUCACAUGGCCAGGUUAGCUGGCUGCUGCAUUGCCAGCAGGGGGACUGCCUGUAAUGACAGUUAGUCCCCCUGCUGGCUGAAUUCAAAUAAAAUAAAGUUAAAGUCAGUAUAAUUUUUUUUAUAUACUUAGAUCAUAUAUAUAUAUAUAUAUAUAUAUAUAUGCAAUAUAUAUAUGAUCUAAGUAUACAUAUAUAUACACAUAUACAUACACAUAUAGAUACAUAUACAUAUCUAGCUAUAUAUAAAAUACAAAUAACCGCAAAUAUAUAUAUAUAGAUAAAUACAUAUAAUUACAUAAAAGAUUACAUUAGUUUACACGUAGAAUUUAAAUACCCAUAAAUGCAUAUAUAUUAAAAUUCUACGUGUAUAUUUAAGUAAUCUUUUAACAUAAUUAUGUGAUUUGAUUAAUUAAUAUUUGAUUGACAUGCCUGACAACACAGGGAGAAAGUGCAGAGAAUUUAAUUCACAAGCACUAUAUUUGACCCUGUAAAUCUCCAAGACACCAUAAAACCUAUACAUAGGGGGUACUGUUUUACUCGGGAGACUUCGCUGAACUCAAAUAUUAGUGUUUAAAAAUGAUAAAUUGUUAUACAACGAUGAUAUUUUAAGUAAAAGUGAAGUUUUUUGCAUUUUUUACAAACGAACGGCACUUUUAUGGACUAUAUUAUUGUUGUAAUAUGUUUUACUGUUUUAAAACACUAAUAUUUGUGUUUAGUGAAGUCUCCCGAGAAUAACAGUACCCCCCAUGUACAGGUUUUAUAGUGUUUUUGAGGGGGGGAGGGGAGCUGUUGUAUUCGUGAGACAUCGCUGAUUACAAAUAUGUGCAUUUUUUUGCAGUAAUACCUAUCAGUAUUAUGACAUUAACAGCUAAAAUGUCAGAUGGAAAUAAAAAUUAAAAAAAAAAAUCUUAUUUUCUCACAUUUUUUUAAAUUUUAUUCAUAAUAAAUUAUGUUCCAUAUAUGAAUAGUUAAUGAUAAAUUAAAGCCCUGUUUCUCCUGAACAGAAUGAUAUAUAAUAAGUGUGGGUGCACUUAAUGUGACAGCGGUGAAUUACGGUUGAACAGACACAGUGCAAAUUCCAGUUUUUGUUUACGUUUUGCUUUGAUCAGAACAUGUACUAUUGACUCCGUCCUGAAGGGGUUAACUAAAUUGUCAUUAUCCAGAUUUCAUCAUCUACUAUAGAAAUAAUAUUCUCAAAUGUUUGAAGCAAUUUUCUUUGUUACAUAUGGUAACUGAUUAUGUUACUUUUUAAUUGUUUUUCUAUGAAUAAGUUCUAUUUUUAAGUAAUAUAGUUGUGUGUUCUAUUGUGUUGGAUUAUAAAAUUAGGUUGAGGUGGUCUAGCUUAGAGUUGAGUGAACCCGAACUGUAAAGUUCAGGUUCGUACCGAACAUUAAGAUUUUUGGCACCCGGAGCCGAACACGGACAUUUCAGUGUAUGUUCGGGUUCGAGUUCGGUGUUAGGCGAUUUAAUGACGCGUUUUGAAAAGCUGCAGGGCAGCUAAUCAACAAGCAUUUGACUUGUGUGCCCUUAGAAGCCAUCACAGCCAUGCCUACUGAGCGGCGGGUGGGGCCCUAAAUAUCAAUAAGGGAGGGGACCUAUUGUUCUCCCCCCCGGCCCUCACACCUGAACGGCAGGUGGGGGGCCCUAAAUAUCAAUAACAGGGGGGGACCUAUUGUCCACCCCCCCCACUCCCCUUCCCUGAGCGGCGGGUGGGGGCCCUAAAUAUCAAUAAGGGGGGGACCUAUUGUACUCCCCCCAAGCCCCCACCCCUGAGCGGCGGGUGGGGGCCCUAAAUAUCAAUUGGGGGGGACAUAUUGUCCUCCCCCCGGCCCCCACCCUUGAGCGGCGGGUGGGGGCCCUAAAUAAAAAUGUAACUCCCCCGUUCCAAAAAAAUAUAACCUCUACCUACCCCCUCAUCCUAAAAAUAAUGAGGGGGGAACCUUAUCUAAGUACCUGUAAAAAAAAAUAAUAAUAAACUUACCAUUUGAUGUCUUCUUUCUUCUAAAAUCUUCUUUUUUCUUUGUUCUUUGGAAUUUUCCCACGCUGUAUAAUUUGACUCAUAACUCUCUGAUUGGUUACUUUCAAUCCACCAAUCAGAGUGUUGUUAUGAGUCAAAUUACACAGCGUGGGAAAAUUCCAAAGAACUUUCCCACGCUGUGCAAAAUGACACAGAGCACUCUGAUUGGUGGAUUUCAAGCUAACCAAUCAGAGUGCUGUGACAUCUACCUGUAAGAGCACUCUGAUUGGAUGGCUCAAACCCACCAAUCAGAGUGCUCUGAGCCUAAUUGCAGGGUGGGGUAAGGCUUUAUAAGCCUUCCCCCGCCCCGCAGAGCUCAGUCUGCGCGGAGCCCUCCAUGGGUGAAAUUUUUUGUUUUGUUUGUUUUUUAAAGUGCGUCGGUUAUUAUGGAUUUUUAUUUGGCCUUUUUUGGGGCUGAAAAAAUAAGAUUUUAGAAGAAAGAAGACAUCAAAUGGUAAGUUUAUUUAUUUAUUUUUUUACAGUUAUUUAGCUUAUGGUCCCCCCUCAUUAUUUUUAGGAUGAGGGGGGUAGGUAGGGUUUUUUGGGGGGAUGGGGUGACGGGGGGGUUUACAUUUUUAUUUAGGGCCCCCACCCACGGCCCAGGGGUGGGGGCCAGGGGGGAGGACAAUAGGUCCCCCCCCUUAUUCUAAUUUAAGGCCCCCACCCGCCUCUCAGGGGUGGGGGCCGGGGGGGGGAGGACAGUAGGUCCCCCCCUCAUUGUUAUGUAGGGCCCCAAACCGCUGCGCAGGGGUGGGGGCCGGGGGGAGGACUGUACGUCCCCCCCUCAUUCUUAUUUAGGGCCCCCACCCACCGCUCAGGGGUGGGGGCAAGGGGGGAGGACAGUAGGUCCCCCCCUCAUUGUUAUGUAGGGCCCCCAACCGCUGCGCAGGGGUGGGGGCUGGGGGGAGGACAGUAGGUCCCCCCCUCAUUGUUAUGUAGGGCCCCCACCCACCGCUCAGGGGUGGGGGCCGGGGAGGGAGUACAGUAGGUCCCCCCCCAUUGUAAUGUAGGGCCCCCAUCUGCCGCUAAGGGUGGGGUCCGGGGGGAAGGACAAUAGGUCCCCCCCUUAUUUUACUUUAGGGCCCCCACCCGACGUUCAGGGGUGGGGGAUAAUAGGUUUUUUACUUUUUAAUUUUUUUUACAGUGAGCAGCCACUGGCCGCUCACUGUUUACUAGACACGCCACUACUCGAAGUAUAGCGAGUAGGGCCUGAAUUUACUAAUACUAAGUAAUAUUUACUUAGUAUUAGUAAAUGUGGCUGAAAGACCAAUUUAGGUCUUUUAGUAGAUAGCUCCCUAAUACCGUGGGAAUUAGAAAGUUAUCUACUAAGCGGCUGCUUAUUUUAAGUUAUUUUAAGUGAUUUCCCUAUCCACAUUUGUUUACAGGGCACUUGUCAUACUCUUGCCCCCAUUAUACUUCCUUUUGCAGCCCUCUAGCCCUUUCCAGGACUUUUUUAGAGCCAUUUUUGUGCCCAAAAGACGGGUCCCCAUUGACUUCAAUGGGGUUCGGGUUCGGGGUCAAGUUCGGGGUCAAGUUCGAUCCCGAACCCUGACUUUUUUUCGAAGUUCGGUCAAACCCGCCGGACCCGAACAUCCAGGUGUCCGCUCAACUCUAGUCUAGCUGAAAUUGUUAAAAGAUUAUUUUCAGUUGAUAUGUUAAGGCUUUGUGCUUUGUUCACCCGCAUGUUGAUUUUCAUUUGUAUUACCUCUGCUGGACAUUCAUCCAGUGCACUUCUACCACUUCUGUAAUUGUCUGUCCAGUAUAAUACAAGUAUGAGUCAUAUGAGAAUGGAAUAUUCAAUUAUGCUGUUUAUUAUGAUUGAUAAAUAAUAUAUAGUUAUGACCCAAACCAAGUAAACAGGUGUGUUGUGUAUUUCCAUGAUUGAAUUUUUGUUGUGUGGCAGUUGGAACUAGAACGAGUGCUACAUUACUUUUAUGUGUUUGGCUGUUCGCUGAUUGUGCACUCUAUAUUAUAUAGUCAUGGUGUAUUGAUGUGCCAUAAUAAGAUGUAUUAAUCACAUACCCCAUUUAUAUCCAACAUUAUAUUAUCCUAAUGACUUAAAUCCUUUGCACCACUUUUCAGAACAAAAUAAUCUUAAUACACAAUGCAUAAUUAUCCACCAUAAAUAUCGUGGUGGUCAAUCUAGACUAUAAACUCAGUUUAGAUUAAAACUGUUUAAUUGAUUUGUGAAGUGCAUCACUUUCUAAAGUGGCAUACACAUCUAUAAAUGGCUAGUUAAAUAAUUUCUAGUUUGUAUUUAACAAUAAAUUAGACUGUGCCAGUGAACACUGCAUUAUUCGUUUGUGCCUUCAAGUUAUUCUUCUAUUCUUACUUUCCAAGGAGGCAGAGAUAUAAAUAUAACAAUGUUUGUCUUAUUGCUAUAUUUACUUCUGUUCUGAAAAUAUUUUUUCAUCAUUUUCCCCCUAGAAACCAUGCACUUUACGAUGGAAAAAAGCUUUGCUAAAUUUCCUAAUAUGAAGGUAUUGUAAAAUUUACUGGUCAGGAAUAUUGCUGAAC